GGGCCGACACGAGAAAAGCUUGAUCUAGCAGUCGACGCAAUCUUGCCCAAGGCUAAAUAGCACCGCGUACGCUACAAGUGAUCACACGGCAACGGUGCGGCGAUAUCCAAGAGAUUGUUCAGCAAACAAAAAGCAUCACGCAUCUCUUGAUCUCGAAUCUGGAUUGAUCUGCUUUCGAUUCCGCGGAUCGCCUUCACUGCAAGACCUAUUUUCCCCAGAACUCGGCGUCAUCCUCUCGGGAAGGGCGGAUCACGGCUCGACAACAUUCGUGGCUGGGCGUAUUUGUGGCCGCGUCAUACAAGCCUCUUGUCAUCUUUUCUGGAAUACAUCUUGCCUGCCUUCUUAGCAUCACUUGCCAAAGCUCUCUUUGUUUUCUCAACAUCGCCUUCUUCGCCUCCUACACCCUCCGCCACCGCGUGCAUAUAUCUUCGACGUCGAGUCCUGUCACUACUUACUCGUAAGCCUACCGGAUUUCAGGAGCAACAUGAAACAUAUCUCGACCUUGGCACUUGCCGCCAGCACCAUCAUCGGUGCUGAAGCCAUCACUUUGCAAAAGCGUUCCGACAGCGCAUCAAGAGUCAUCGAGCACGAGAUCCAGAGAAAGCAUGUCGCCAACCCCCUGACGAGAGACCGCCUACGAAGACGUCAGAACACGAUUUCGCAAGAGUUGGACAAUGAGCAAACACUUUACUUCGCCAACGUUUCGAUGGGAACCCCCGAGCAGAACUUCAGACUACACAUCGACACCGGAUCUAGUGAUCUCUGGGUCAAUGUUGCAACCUCGACUCAGUGUGAGGACACUCAGCAAAACGACUGCUCCAUCUCCGGCACAUACGCUCCCAACUCGUCCUCUACAUAUGAAUACGUAAACAGUCUUUUCAACAUCUCAUAUGUUGAUGGCUCCGGUUCAUCGGGCGACUACGCUACCGACACUUUCCACAUCGGUGGUGCCGAUCUUCCUGCCCAGCAGUUCGGUAUUGGUUAUGUCUCGAGUUCUGAGGAGGGUAUUCUCGGAAUUGGUUAUCCCUCCAACGAAGCCAUCCUCACCUACCAGAGAGAAUCAUAUGUCAACGUGCCUCAGCACAUGAUGCAGUCUGGACUCAUCAACACCAACGCCUACAGCUUGUGGUUGAACGACCUUGACGCCUCUAAGGGCUCAAUUCUCUUCGGUGGUGUCAACACUGAGAAGUACACUGGUUCUCUUCAGACCUUGCCCAUUCUCGCCGAGCAGGGUGUUUACGCAGAGUUCAUCAUCGCUUUGACUGGUGUUGGCUACAAUGGCCAGGAGAACUCCAUCGCCUCCAACGUCAACACCGCUGCCCUUCUCGACUCCGGUUCCAGUCUGAUGUACUUGCCCAACGACAUCACUGAGGAGAUCUACCGUCUUACCGGUGCCAAGUACAACUCCGAGUACGGCGCUGCUUUUGUCGACUGCAACAUGCGUUACAACGACACCACCAUUGACUUCACCUUCUCUUCGCCCACCAUCCGUGUCAGCAUGUCUGAGCUUGUCCUCGUCAUGGGUUACCAGGGUCGCACUCCUCUCUGCAUCAUCGGCAUUGCACCUGCUGACGGCACCACUCCCGUCCUCGGUGACACUUUCCUCCGCAGCGCCUACGUCGUCUAUGACAUUACCAACAACGAAAUCUCGCUCGCUCAGACCAACUUCAACAGCACCGGCAGCAACAUCAUGGAAAUCACAAACACUAGCAUUCCCGACGCCACUGGUGUUCCCGCUGCUGUCACCUCAGUCGCUUCAGAAACUGGCGGUGGUCGUCUCGGUGGUUUCCCCUCUGGCAGCGUCACCAGCAGCGCUCUGGGUGUCGCCAUGACUCCCGGACCCAAGAGUUUCGGUGCUCUCGCUGCAGUCGGUGCCGCCGCGUUCUUUGCUUUGUAAAAAAUCUCAAGACAUAGAAGUUGCGUGUUUUUACGAAGGUCAUGACCUUUUGCUUUUUCUCUAUCCAUUAUUGUCAUUACUGUAAAUAUACAGAUGCUUUUCCAAGCAUGCUUUCAUACUGCAUAGUCGGCGUUUUCCAUGCCUCUCUCUCUCUCUCUCUCUCUCUCUCUCUCUCGCUCU